GUUGACAGAUUGAAACUCUGUUUGUGUGUUGUUUUCAUUUGGUGUCUCUUUGGUGUGUAACGUGGUGAACAUGGAUGAGGCGCUCAUCAAGAAGGAGUGCAUUCAUCCUGGAGAUGCAUUCAUCCAGAUGAAGCCUGGAACGAGGGUCAACUUCCACUAUCAGACGAAGAAAUGUACGGAUGGAAAGGUGCUGGACGACAGCCGGAAGGAGCAGAAGCCCAUGGAGUUGGUGUUGGGGAAGCAGUUCAAGCUGGAGGUGUGGGAAGUGAUUGUGCAGAAGAUGGCAGUGCGCGAAGUGGCGAAAUUCACGGUGGACAAGAGUCUUCUGCCGCAGUAUCCCUUCAUUGCCAAGACAAUCCGGGACUCGAGGAAGCCAGCGGAGAAGAGGAAGCACGUGUGCGGCAUGACGCUGCAGAAUGAGGGCCUGGGAUAUGAGGAUCUUGAUGAGCUGUUCAAGAAUCCCUGUGAUCUGGAGUUUACCUUUGAGUUGCUGUCCGUGGAGCUGCCGGAAGACUAUGAGAAGGAGUCUUGGCAGCUGAAUGAGGAUGAGAAGGUGAAGAGUGUGGGUGUGCUGCGUGAGAAGGGCAAUCAGCAGUUCAAAGAGGGCCAUCUGGAUCAAGCCAUGAACUCCUACACUCAAGCUCUGGGCAUGAUUGAGCAGUUGAUGCUGCGCGAGAAGCCCGAGGAUGAGGAUUGGAUGGAGCUGUUCAACAUGAAGAAGCCUCUGCUGCUGAACUACUCUCAGUGCAAGCUCAACGUGAAGGAUUACUAUCCGGCCAUAGAACACUGCUCGGAAGUGCUGAAAUACGAUCCGGACAAUGUGAAGGCGCUGUUCAGGCGUGCCAAAGCGCAUCUGGGCGCUUGGAAUCUGGACCAGGCGCGAGAGGAUUUCAAGAGGGCGGCCGAACUGGACGCCAGCGUGAAGACAGCAGUGACCAAAGAGUUGAAGUGCAUCGAGGAGCUUCAAAAGUCAAAGGACGAUGCUGACAAAGAGCGAUAUAAGAAUUUAUUUAAUUGA